AUGGUCAAGUUACCAAACAUUGUUCUUCUUUUGGUGAUAUCCACCAUGGUGGACGCACUUUACUUGCCAUCCGUCUUCUCAAACAAGGAAAUAGGGAAACUACUCAAGAGAGCAGACACAGAGAACAAGAAAGAGAUUCGAGAUUCGUUAUAUUCGAAUUACAGCUCGCCCGUGCCGGAGAGCUCUUCUAGCUCUUCGCCCGAUAUUUAUGAAAAUGCUUUCCAAUCGACGGAUUUCGCAUCUCUACCCACGGCGUGGGACAGCUCAAGCUCGUCCAGCUCAUCUAGCUCUCAGUCCUCUCUUUCCGAGACGGCUACGCCUUCAGAGUCAUCAUCAAUUGCCGCAGCAUCCCAAACAUACUCUGAUACCAGCUCGUCAACCACUGAUGAUAUAUCAAGCUCAAGUUCGCAAACGACCGAUUCCGAGACCAAUUCCGCAAGCAGCAGCUCAACCGCAGACUCAAGCUCGUCCAGUCCGGAGCCAUCUUCCUCUAGCAGCAUAACUUCCACAGCAGAGAGCUCGUCAACAGAUUCUAGCUCAACAGCCCCUUAUGUUGCCGCAAUAGAAGAAGCUUCAUCAGACUCCAGCUCGUCGAGCAUAAGCAGCACCGACGCUUCAUCGAGCACGACAGAAUCAUCAACAGAGACUAGCUCGAGCAUCACAGCUUCUUCCUCUGAAGCAGAUUCCAGUUCCAGUAACACAGACUCUUCGACGGAGACAAGUUCAAGCUCGAGCACAACAGACUCCACGACAGAUUCAAGCUCGAGUACGACCCCAGCAGAUGCAACAUCUUCAAGUAGUUCUACGACUUCGUCGAGCUCAACAACCGGAUAUGCAUCGGGUGCUUUCGUCAACACGGGCAAAACCACUGCAUUAGAUUCAACGUCGUCCACAUCUGCUAGCGUAGCUGCGGAAAAGAUAGCUCCAACAUCUACAACCACGGGAGAGGAUUCAACUUCUCCAGACAGCUCCUCUACUUCUACAGGGGAGAAUACUACUUCCUCAUCAGAAGAAUCGUCGACUACCAGCUCUGAAAAUUCGGAGGCGACCGACAGUUCAGAUACAACUACGUCUUCGCCGGAGCAGGACAGCGUGUCUCCUACAUCUUCGUCCGAAUCGUCUACACCAACCCAAACUGCUUCAAGGUAUGGUGGCGCUACGAAAUUCAAGGAGACAACAGCUGAUGCAAGCAGCUCGUCGACAACACCAACAUGGACAGCAUCAGGACUUGGUAAGAUUACAACUUCUAGCGAAAGUGCUUCUUCCAUUACUCCUACUCCUGAGCCACAUGUGGUGGAAGACAGUUCAACGAGUGAAGACUCGGGCACUGCUGCUCUCACCGAAGCUUCAACGGACUCUGAUAUUACCGAGUCACCUACUCCGACCGGUUCGUAUUUCGUUCCUUCAUCUUCUUCAGUCACUCCAACGCCAACAGAGAAUUCGAUUUCCUCAACGUUCACGCCUUUACCAAAUGAAGACUCUACGACCGAAGGAUCAACAAGCUCAGAGGGCAUUGAAACUCUUUCAACAGCGGCAGACAUCGCCUCAAGUUCGACUAGCCCUGUUGUCAGUUCGUUGACAACAUCUAGUUCUGCUACUCAAUCUACAUCGAGCUCGUCUACUACUCCUGUGAAUGCAGCCACCACUAUUGAAGACCAAUCUGUGUCAAGUUCCUCUGCAAGUUCGACGUCAUCCACAGGAUCCCUCGCAAACUAUUUGCUGCCUACUUCGUCGUCUUUGGCUUCCACCGUGGAGCCAAGUUCAACAUCGACGUCUGCAGCAGCUUUGGAGAGCACUGCUUCCUCAAGUAGUUCUGAGACCGUCGCAUCGUUAGAAUCGUCUUCCACUGCAAGCAGCAUCACAGCAGCCGAAAGUUCCACAACCUCUUCGUUGUCGAGCGAGGUUGGAACUGCUGAGAGCUCUACAGAAAGCGAGACUUCCAGCACAAGUGUUUCGUCUACGCUGUUGGGAAGUACAUUCGCUGCCACCAAUCCAGAAAGCUCCACGACCUCACCCUCAUCCACUACAGGAACAGCGGCCGACACCCUGACCUCUUCUGCCGGUUCAUCAACAAGUACCGCAGAUGCUUCGACCGAGCCCUCCAAUUUGUCUGGAACAACUACGGAGGAAAGCUCGUCUGCAACAUCUGCAGGUGUUAUUGGAACCUACCCAAGUGACACUGUCUCUACAUCCGCAACAUCUGCACAAACUGCCGAGACUGGCCAAGCGCAAACAUGGUCGUCAGAGAGUUCGACAGGUACCACCACUACUGCACCAGCGUGGUUACCUACAAGCAUAGUCUACCAACAGCCAACGUCUGCUUCGGACUCUACGCAGAGUACAACCAGCUCUUCCCCAAGCAGUGCGUUGUCAUCGUUGCCAAAGGCAAUCGCACCGGUUGAUGUUGAGGAUGUUGCUCCAGAUUACGAACUGAUCACUAUUGGUUUUAAGGAAGAACUCAACUAUCCAUUUGUUUGUGAGAGUUCUUACUCUUCAGCUCAGAUCUUUGAGUACUUGCCAUCAAUUUUGACUUAUCCAAAUCCUGGAGUCAACGAGUCAUCAGUGUUUGUGAAACAACUGGUUCCAUACUCCUCUGCUGACGUUGACUACAUCAUCACCGUUGCUGAAGUUUACUUCGCCCAAGACCACAUCAACGUGUUGCAAAACCAGAUCAGUAACACUACUUCCAAGAUCUAUCACAACCCUAACGAUGCCGAGAGCUCCCUUGCAGCAUUGAUUGACAGCAAGGUUCCUUUGAGUGGAUUGUUGGGAGUUAUUGGAACUGGAACUGCCUCUACUGGUGAGAGUGGUACCGGAGGCGCUAAUUCUGACCAAGGUAACGACAACGGAAGUGACAGUGGACUGGGAUCCAUGGACUCGUACAGCGGAAAAUCAACGCAGUCUGGAUCCGUCACUGUCAAAGGCGGCAAGAUUGCAGGAAUUGUUGCUGGAUCUGCCGUUGGAGCUGUUGCGUAUGGAGCCAUCAUGUUUUACGUCUACAGACUGCGUACCAAGGGUGCAAAGGAGCAGUUAGAGCAAGAGAAGGGAAUGGGAUACAACAAUUCCAACUCUUCAAAUGAGUCGUUUGUGAUGAAUUACAGUGAGGGACCAUUAUUCAGUGAUGGUUACCACAGUGAUUACUCGAACGGCGGAGCAAUAGGCCUGCAUUCGAAUUCUGCUGCUACAAAUUCGAGGCCCUCUUUGAGAUACUCCGGCAGUGGUGGAGAGUCAGGAUCCAGCCGCUUCAUGCCUGCGAUCUCCAGUCCAAGGAAUGUGAAAAACUCUCUUGGAUGGUGA